GACGAAGAAGAGGACAACUGACCAGCCAGCAAUGUUUAAGAGACUGUUCUGCACCACACGGGCCAGCCUUGCUAAGAGGGUGCCCAAGUCAAAGGGUAAAUCAGCACCUACCAGCAACGCAAAUGCCCUGUUAGGACGCCAAUCUUCCAAAUUGAGUGUUGGUAUAGUGGGGCUUGCCAACGUGGGUAAAUCCACUUUCUUCCAGGCCAUAACCAAGAGUGCCAUUGGUAACCCGAAUAACUACCCCUUUGCCACGGUUGAUCCUGAGGAGGCGAUGUACACUGUGCCAUCUCCAAAGCUGGAAGAGUUACGUGAGAUAUUUGGUUCCGAGAGGACCUUGCCGAGCUAUCUCAAGAUUGUGGAUAUUGCCGGUUUAGUGAGAAAUGCUUCUAAAGGUGAGGGUUUAGGAAACCAGUUCCUGAACGACAUUAGAAACGUUGAUGGGAUAUUCCACGUUGUACGCGGGUUCGAUAACGAUGAGAUCACACAUGUGGAGUUGACGGUGGAUCCAGUACGUGACUUGGAAAUCGUGACCGAUGAAUUGCUGUUGAAAGAUCUGGAUACAGCUGAAAGCGCCUUAGAGAGGAAUAAGAAGAGCAUGAAGAGUAUGAAGGCAGGGGACAGAAAGGAGCUUGAGAAGGAGAAUGCCAUUCUGGAAAAAUUGACCAAUAUGAUGAUGGAAAAUGGUCGUCUCUUGAACAAUGAAAAAUGGACUGAGGAUGAGGUUGACGUUGUUAACAAACACAAGUUUCUCACUGCAAAACCAACAGUGUACCUGUUGAACGUUUCGCAAGAGGAUUACCUCUCCGGAGAGAACAACUACAUUGAAGAUGUGAAAUCCUGGUUGAAGAGUAACUCUCCAAAGGAGAAGCUUAUCAUGUUCUCUGCAGAUUAUGAACACUCACAGCUCGAAAAGAAAGACCGUAGUGAGGUUAUCAACGAAAUGGUUGUACAGAUGAAGGAUCAACUCAACUUGAUAAGUUUCUAUACAUGUGGUAAGAUAGAAGCUCGUGAAUGGAACGUCAAGAGAGGAUCCACUGCACCGGAAGGAGCUGGCAUGAUCCAUACAGACUUACAAAAGGGAUUUCUCAACGCCAACGUUUUGAAAUACGACAAAUUGAUAGAACAAAAGGAUCAGGUCAUCAAUGGAGAAGUGGAAAAGUCCAUCAAAUACGACAAAGUCGGCAAGGCAUACGAGAUCGAAGACGGUGACAUCAUUGUGAUUAACGCAAUUGGAGGCAAGACCAGAUGAGAGUAAGACUACUCCAUGGCUACACUUCUGUUGGCUUGUACAUAUAUUCUCAGCUUAUUUGAAUAGGAAGAUUUUAUACAUAUCCCUU